AUGCGCAAGGAGGGCAUAAAGAUAGAUGAAGCGGGGGUGUUCGCUCUCACUAGGGCCAAAGCGCGAGAAUUGAAGGCGAAAACGGCGGAAAAGGAAAUUGAGGAAUCGGAGCUCGCGAACCAGGUCGGAAUUCGCGAGAAAGAGCCAAGUCAGGAAAGUAGUCAGCAGGACAUAGUCAGCCCCAAUGAGUCAGACGUUAGUCAGGUCGGUGAAUACCUGGCACCGUCGAGCGGAGCGCUAAGAAAUUUGGUGCGCAUCAAGGGUGUGGCUAGGAGUAAUGUAAAGAUCAUCAUACAGAGCGGUCUCCUCUACCGCCAUUACGAGGAUCGCAGAGGCAAGGUCGUAGACCAGUUAAUGGUGCCCGAAAGUUUGCGCGGAGAUAUCCUCAAGAUGUCUCAUGACAACUCGUGGGCAGGACACCUGGGUGUACGGAAAACAAAACAGCGUCUGUUGCAGGAAUGGUACUGGCCAGGGUGUUUCAAAGAUGUCGAGAGGUAUGUGCGGGCAUGCGACACUUGCCAGAGGGUAGGGAAUCCUAACGAGCGAUGCAAAGCCCCUCUCACGUUAGUGCCAGUCAUUUCCGAACCGUUCCAACGGUUGGUUAUAGAUGUUGUCGCACCUCUACCCGUUUCGAAAUCAGGAUCAAAAUAUAUCCUGACCAUGAUUUGCCCGGCGACUAAAUUCCCGGAAGCCGUCCCCCUAAAAGAGCAGUGUUCCGCUGAGAUCGUAGACGGCCUACUUUCCGUGUUCUCUCGGAUUGGAUUUCCCAGGGAAAUCCAGUGCGAUAAUGGGUCGGUGUUCACGAGUGCGCUAACUACCACGUUCUUGCAAAAAUGCGGAAUCAAAGUGAUUCACAGUUCCCUUUAUCACCCGCAGAGCAAUAGCGUGGAGAAGUGGCACUCGGUACUGAAACGAGUUCUGCGGGCACUAGUUCAUGAUUUCAAAACAGACUGGGAGGCAGGUCUACCAGGGGCCAUGUUUGCGUUGCGUUCGGUGCCACACGAAGCAACGGGAUUCAGCCCCGCGGAACUGGUGUACGGGCGCACACUGAGGUCCCCGAUGAGGCUGUUAAGGGAAGAAUGGGAAGACCCACGCACUGACAACACAGUAGUCGAAUACGUUUUAGACCUCCUGCAGCGGUUGCAAGAUACCAGAGAAAUAGCCGAGGCUAACAUGCGCGACUCACAAAGAAGAGCCAAGACAUAUUAUGAUCGUAAUGCGCGCCCUAGAGUGUACAAAGAGAAUGACAAAGUGCUUGUACUCCGUCCUACACGUGCGAACAAGCUUCAGGUUCACUGGGAUGGACCGUUCAAGGUGGUGCGUAAGUUGUCCGAAACAACCUACAUGGUGGAGAUAAGGGGAAAAAGGAAGGAGGUCCGCACGUAUCACACCAACCUUAUGAAGCCGUAUGUUGAUUCGACGCACAUUGUCAGUGUAGCGUUAAAUAUGCCGGAGGAGCAGCACACGGAGAUACCCGAGUGGGGCGAAAUUGGUUCAUCAAACCCGAGUAUUGAGGACAUUGUAAGAACUGUAGCAGGAGAAAGCCAUUUUAGUGAUUCCCAAAUAUGCGAUUUGAGGAAUCUUAUAGGGAAUUUUGAGGGACUGUUUUCGGACAAACCGGGGAAAACAGAUCUAAUUUGCCACGACAUAGAGCUUACAACAGCAGAGCCGGUACGUUCACGUUCCUAUCGCAUAUCACCCAGACAGGAGUCGAUUAUGAGGAAAGAGAUCCAGCGGAUGCUAGACUUGAAAAUAAUUGAAGCAGGUGAAAGCGACUACGCUUCACCUAUGAUCAUUGUCGAAGCUCCGGGCAAAGAACCUCGACCCUGCAUAGACUACCGUAAGCUAAAUGCCGUGACGUCAACGCAGGUGUACCCCAUCCCAAACCUGGAAGAACGGGUCGAAAGGCAUACUUGUCCCAUCAACCUCCACUUUUCUCAAGAGAAGCUGGCACAAUCACGAUCAAACGUCAAGGUCUACCUGGCCUCUACAAACUCUCCUCGGAAACACGACGCAGCAGAGGCAGCGCUCUCCUUACACGUCAUCCACCGAGAGGAACGGGAAGUUUGA